AUCUCCAUAACACUUUCUGCGGUCCUCCUGGUGGGGUCCAGCCGGGCGGAGCUGAAGCUUGAAGCGUCUAAGAGCGGCGCUGAAGGCUCCGAGAUCGGACAUGGAAUCAACCGCGAUCAUUCGUCGGAAGAACGUCUGGGUGGCGCUUUCAAAGGAAGACUGAGCGGAAAUAGUGGAGCCAAGAUCAAUGGCUUUGAUGACGGACACGGAGCAGCAAUUUUGGGAGGCGGACACGCUGGAGGCUCUGAUGAAUUUGGACAUGGUGGAGGAGCUACUAGUUUCGGACAAGGAGGAGCUGGUAAUUUUGGAUUCGGUCGUGGAGCGGUUAAUUUCGGACACGGUGGUUCCUUUGGAACAGUUCAAGGUGGACACACCGGCGUGGAAAAGGGCGGACCUGGGACUCCUUUUGGGACAUCAUUUGGGGCAUCUCAUGGAGGAUCCAUCAAUGUUGUGCAUUCUGGACCCGUCGGUACUACACAUGGUGGAUCCCCAGGUCUGCUACAUGCUGGGCCGACCGGUGGUGGACAUGCUGGAAAUAUAGUGUUCGGACAUGGUGGCCAUAUUGGUCCCAUACACGGUGGAUCUGCUACAGUUGGCCAUAUUGGAUCCAUCGGACAUAGAGGAGCCCUUGAAUCUGGACACAUUACAGAUGUGGGAGCAUUGCAGGGUGCAACCAGCGACUUUGGACAUAGUGGGCUCGUUGGCACUGGACAUGGUGGGGCCCUUGGUCCCGGACAUGGUGGCUCUCUCAGUCUUAGACAUGGUAGGAUUUUCGGUGGUGGAGAUGGUGGAUUUAUUAGGAUUGGACAGCGGGGUUUACACAAUGGUGGUCAAAUUAGACUCUUUGGUGGAGCCCAUGGUGGACUUUCUGGCGGUGGACUUGGUGGAGCCCUUAGUGGAGGACAUGGUGGAGCCCAUGGUGGCCUUUCUGGCGGUGGACUUGGUGGAGCCCUUAGUGGAGGACAUGGUGGAGCCCUUAGUGGAGGACAUGGUGGAGCCCAUGGUGGACUUUCUGGCGGUGGACUUGGUGGCCUUUCUGGUGGUGGACUUGGUGGACUUUCUGGUGGUGGACUUGGUGGACUUUCUGGUGGUGGACUUGGUGGAGCCUUUAGUGGAGUACAUGGUGGAGCCCUUAGUGGAGGACAUGGUGGAGCCCUUGGUGGAGGACAUGGUGGAGCCCUUAGUGGAGGACAUGGUGGAGCCCUAAGUGGAGGACAUGGUGGAGCCCUAAGUGGUGCCCUUAGUGGAGGACAUGGUGGAGCCCUAAGUGGAGCUCUUAGUGGAGGACAUAGUGGAGCCCUUAGUGGAGGACAUAGCGGAGCCCUAAGUGGAGGACAUGGUGGAGCCCUUAGUGGAGGACAUAGUGGAGCCCUAAGUGGAGGACAUGGUGGAGCCCUUAGUGGAGGACAUGGUGGAGCCCUUAGUGGAGGACAUGGUGGAGCCCUUAGUGGAGGACAUGGUGGAGCCCUUAGUGGAGCCCUAAGUGGAGAACAUGGUGGAGACAUUAGCGGAGGACAUGGUGAAGCCCUAAGUGGAGCACUAAGUGGAGGACAUGGUGGAGCCCUUAGUGGAGGACAUGGUGGAGCCCUUGGUGGAGGACAUGGUGGAGCAAUUAGUGGAGGACAUGAUGGAGCCCUAAGUGGAGCCCUAAGUGGAGAACAUGGUGGAGCCCUUAGUGGAGGACAUGGUGGAGCCCUAAGUGGAGCACUAAGUGGAGGACAUGGUGGAUCCCUUAGUGGAGAUCUUAGUGGAGGACAUGGUGGAGCCCUUGGUGGAGGACAUGGUGGAGCCCUUAGUGGAGGACAUGAUGGAGCCCUAAGUGGAGGACAUGGUGGAGACCUUGGUGGAGGACAUGGUGGAGCCCUAAGUGGAAAACAUGGUGGAGCCCUUAGUGGAGGACAUGGUGGAGCCCUAAGUGGAGGACAUGGUGGAGCCCUUGGUGGAGGACAUGGUGGAGCCCUUAGUGGAGAACAUGGUGGAGCCCUUGGUGGAGGACAUGGUGGAGCCCUUAGUGGAGGACAUGGUGGAGCCCUACGUGGAGGACAUGGUGGAGACCUUGGUGGAGGACAUGGUGGAGCCCUAAGUGGAGGACAUGGUGGAGCCCUAAGUGGAGCCCUUAGUGGAGGACAUGGUGGAGCCCUUAGUGGAGGACAUGGUGGAGCCCUAAGUGGAGGACAUGGUGGAGCCCUUAGUGGAGGACAUGGUGGAGCCUUAAGUGGAGGACAUGGUGGAGCCCUAAGUGGAGGACAUGGUGGAGCCCUAAGUGGAGGACAUGGUGGAGACCUUGGUGGAGGACAUGGUGGAGCCCUUAGUGGAGGACAUGGUGGAGCCCUUAGUGGAGGACAUGGUGGAGCCCUUAGUGGAGGACAUGGUGGAGCCCUUGGUGGAGGACAUGGUGGAGCCCUUAGUGGAGAACAUGGUGGAGCCCUUGGUGGAGGACAUGGUGGAGCCCUUAGUGGAGGACAUGGUGGAGCCCUAAGUGGAGGACAUGGUGGAGACCUUGGUGGAGGACAUGGUGGAGCCCUAAGUGGAGGACAUGGUGGAGCCCUAAGUGGAGCCCUUAGUGGAGGACAUGGUGGAGCCCUAGGUGGAGGACAUGGUGGCUCCGUUGGAGGUGACUCCGUUGGAGGUGGCUCUAUUGGAGGUGGCUCUAUUGGAGGUAGCUCUUUUGGCAUUGGACACGGAGGCAGCUCUUUUGGUAUUGGGCACGGAGGCAGCUCUCUAGGUAUUGGACACGGAGGCGGUUCUAUUAGUGCAGGGCACGGAAGCACCGCUCUUGGUAUUAGACACGGAGGCGGAUUAAGUGUAGGACACGGAGGCAGUUCUCUUGGUAUUGGACACGGAGGCAGCUCUCUGGGUAUUGGACACGGAGGCGGUUCUCUAGGUGUAGGACAUGGAAUCAGCGCUCAAGGUAUUGGACACGGAAGCGGCUUCCUAAAUUCUGUACACGGAGUCGGCUCCCUAAAUACCGGACACGGAGGCGAGUUUAUAGGUAUUGGACACGGAGGCGAUUCUCUAGGAAUUGGACACGGAGGCGGCACUUUUAGCGUAGGACACGGAGGCGUUUCGCUGGGACUAAAACACGGAAGCAGCGCUCUGCGUUCAGGUCCCACAGGUGGCUUCAUUGGACCUCUUAAUCACGGACCAGCACAAGGCGGCUCCGGAGUCGCCGUGGCUUUUGGAACCAGACUAGGAGGAAACUCUCUAGGUCAGGUGCAAGGGACUAGACAUAAAGGAAUCAGCGGGAGAAAACACGGUUCCCUUGGGCCAAGCGGAGCCGAAGCCAAAGUGGAUCUUGGCGUCGCUAGCGGAAGACGUCACGGCGGAGGAUUCGAACACAAGAUUGUCACGCAUACUGCACUCUCCGGGAGCAGCGAGAAAGGCUUUCUGAGACAGUUUGCUUAA